CGAGCAGACGUGAUCUCCGUCAGGGUAGCAUUUGUAUUUGUUCUCAUGUGGCCUUCUCCCUUUCUCCUCUUUGGGUGGGUCUGCCUGUGUCAUUCUGAGGUAGUAGACCUAAGAUUAGAAAGCGGAGGAGGCAAAGAGGGAGUUCUACCGAAAGGAAAUGGGCGUUGAGAGUAGGAAAAAAAUAAUUCUGCAUUCCUAACCCUCUAUUUUUUUCUACUCUGAAAAAGAGGGUUUGAGGGAGUAGUAGUGGGAAAGGCAAGAGGAAAGGGAGUGGGCGACAAGAGGGAAAAUCAGAAUACCGUUACAGGAAUAGUGAAACGUGCGUUUGUUUUGGUGCUCCUGGAGUUGAAAGAUAAACUUUAAGGACCUGUCAGUGCGGCCUGGUGAGACUUGGACACGAUGGCGUUCCUGUUGAUGUUCGUCACUCUACUUCACCUCAUUACUCUAGCCAUGCUCUUCAUUGCCACAAUGGAGAAGUCGUGGUGGGUUUGGGACAGUACAAGCAAUUCCGACCUCUGGUACAAAUGUACGUACGACAACGCCACAGAGGCCUGGCUGUGCACCUCUUCAAAGGAGACUGAGUGGCUCCAAGCAGUCCAGGCCCUGAUGGUACUGGCUGUAGUCUUCUCAUCCAUCUCCUUCUUGGUUUUCCUUGGACAGCUCUUCACCAUGUCUAAAGGAGGGCUCUUCUACAUCACUGGGCUAUGCCAGAUCUUUGCAGGUCUCACCGCCUUCGCUGCCACCCUCAUCUACACCCUGCAUCACUCGGACAUCCUGGGCAGGGCCCCAGACUCUAACUUGGGACAUUUUGGCUACUGCUUCAUUCUGGCCUGGGUGUGCGUACCCCUCCUGCUCUGCAGUGGCGUCAUGUACGUCCACUUGCGUAAGAGGGAAUGAAAUGCGGAACUGAGCAGCGUUAUCCUUUUUGUACUGGAGGGUUGGGGGGCGGCGAUAUUGUUCUCUGUGUUCAUAUCUGUAGUAGAUCUACAUUCACAUACUGGGUCCCAAGUUGAGGAGGCGUGGGAGGUUGACCCCGUUAUGCUCACUUACCCAGUGUCAAGAGGUAGGAAAUAUGGUGUACAGAAAUGAGAAAUUAAUCAUGAACUA